AUGCCGUCCCCGAACCAUCGCACACGAGCGUCGCUUGGUGCACCAGCUACUGGGGCGGCAUUGCGACGUGGUGAGGUCAAAAUCUCCGAUCCCAUCCCUUUCGAUACCAACGACUACUACACCACAUAUAAUCCAGUUACUCCGUCCAAAUAUCCUUCUGGUCUAAGGGUCGACGACUCUACUUGGCCGCGCAAGAGCAAUCCCGGUGCCGAAUUUCACUAUCGACAUGCUUCGACCGGCAACGUUCCAAGUAGCACGGCAAGGGCUUCAAUGGGGCCGUCCCUUAUGCCAAGCAGCAUGUCUUCCGUCCCAUCGAAAGCGUCUCUCAGUCAAAGAAAGCAAGGAGGCUUUCGAGCUGCUCUAAAACGUAUGUUCUCUAGCAAGAGACAUAGGUCCGUCCCCAGUGAUGUUUCCGACCAACAAUACUUUCGAGGCGAGCCGGGUUAUCUCAAUCCAGUAAUGGAACAACAUGUUGUUACUCGUGCUGAAUCCAACCCAGCUCUGAAAUCCAGUGCGCAUUCCACUACCUUCGGACUGAACCCCAACCAUCAGCAGUCAGACUUUCUUGAUGAUCAGAAUAUCGAACUCCCUCCACGGCGCGGGCGCCGAAACACCUUGCCGAGUCUGGUUUUCAGUGAUCGUGAAUCUGGCCUAGUCCCUGCUAUCAGCGAGUGGUCAGCCGGAGAUUCCCAGCCAGACAAGAAAUGGGUCAAAGAAGAUUAUGUAUCGGAUGGUCAAUUGAAACGUCGAUCUAGGAGUGCCGACGCUCUCAACCAGCUUCUACGACAAGAAGGAGUGGAGCCAAGUUCCAAGAGGGAUCGGGCAAGUGAGAUUGCCUAUUGGCGGAACAGUGCCAUUCAAAAUCCUGUGCCGGUCUUCAGUGGCCAAACGAUCACCGUUGAUCCUGUACACGUUCCGCAAACAGUUGCUUCAAUAGAUGGAUCGGAGCCCACUUCGUCGGUAAUCAAUCCUCUUCAGACCUUUGACUUCGGCCUUGAUGGUAGUGACAAGUACGACACAAGCAUUGAGCAGCGAGUAAAUACUCUGGAAAUCAAGCUAUUUGACUUCGAGUAUGCCAUUGCCAAACUUCAAGGCAACGAACUACAAAAGCCAAUGCUCAACUCGAGACAGCAGCAACGCGGCUCGAUACAUAACAUUUUCCCUGAUGACACCACGUAUCCGACAAUGACCACGGCAUCCUCUUCAGAAUUCAAUUUUUUGUCAUCACCCGAAUCAACGACACAGGAUGUUACAUUCUUAUCAUCACCUGGAGAGUCGCCACCUAUUUCACCGGACAAUGACGAGUUAUUCAGACCACAACGAGCAAGCAAGGCAACAACUGCUACUAUCAGACCAUACACAGCUCGGAGAAGAUCGCCACGUUCGCCUUCGAUUCAUCUCUCAGCAGAGCGAUUUGAAAGAUUGAUGGAGAUUAUGAGAGAAGAGCAAAUAGCUCGACGGAAACUGGAAGAGCAAAUGUCGGAGCUACGACAGGAAAUUGAAAUCCUGCGCACCCCAAUAUUUGCAACUAUCCGAGAAGCAUAUCCCACUCCAAGUCCCAAAUCAUCCCACACCAAUGCAACUCCACGAUCGCUCCACCGAGCACCACCAUUUCAGAGUCCCGCUUCCGCAGAGAUAUCGCGUUUCAGUGGUACCGAGGUGGACUCGGAUCCCGAAGAGGGAAACGGGUUUGAAGAUGUAUACGAAACACCCCACGAAAGCCGAAAAACUUUUGAAACGGCUCGAGGUUCACCAAGCCAAGUAACAGCAUGA